AUGGCGGGCAAAAUGGUUCUGUACAAGCUGGUGGUGCUGGGAGACGGCGGCGUGGGCAAGACGGCCCUGACGAUCCAGCUCUGUCUGCAGCACUUUGUCGAGACGUACGACCCGACGAUUGAGGACUCAUAUCGCAAGCAAGUGGUCAUCGACGGGCAAGCGUGCAUGCUGGAGGUGCUCGACACCGCAGGCCAGGAGGAAUACACGGCGCUGCGGGAUCAAUGGAUACGAGACGGGGAGGGCUUCGUGCUGGUGUACAGCAUCUCGUCCCGGUCGUCCUUCUCGCGCAUCAAGCGCUUCCACAACCAGAUCCAGCGGGUGAAGGAGUCGACGGCCUCGUCGCCCUCGUACCCGGGCUCCCCCAUCGCCGUCGUCAAUUCCCAGGCGCCCGUGCCCAUCAUGCUGGUCGGCAACAAGAGCGACAGGGUGACGGAGAGGGAGGUCUCGACGCAGGAGGGCCACGCCCUGGCGCGCGAGCUGGGCUGCGAGUUCGUCGAGGCGUCGGCCAAGAACUGCAUCAACGUGGAGAAGGCCUUCUACGACGUGGUCCGGAUCCUGCGCAGGCAACGGCAGCAGGCGACGAGGCCAAUGGCGCCGACCAACCGCACAAAGACCACGGGCAGCGACAGGUCAUCAGGCCACCGGGGGGACGACAGGCCGUACCGGGGCAGCGGCAAGCGGGACAAGAGCAAGUGCGUCAUCCUAUGA